AGAAAUCUUAAUUAUCAAAAAAAUUAUUCGAUUAAAUUAAAUUAUAUAAAAAUCGUUUACAAAAUUGUAUGUUUGUGUGUUCAUACAACCCUGCAGUUUGAAUCAAGUGCCGAAGGCAAACCAGUCGCGACAUGUUGCAAUGCAAUAAAUGUCAAAUGCGCAACGAAUGAGUGAUUAUAAGAAAAAAGUGCGAAACAACGAAAGUUUGACUGGAGAAUUAUCUUUUGUAUAAGUUCUUUUGAAAAAUCUACGUUCUUAUAAAACUACAGCGUGGAUUUAAAAUAUAGCGCCUUAAGUGUUUAAUUCGAAUAAAAGUUUAAAAGUGACGUGUCAACAAUGGCCUCAGGCACGACUUUGCAAAAAGCUAUUGAUUUAGUGACCAAAGCGACAGAAGAAGACCGCAACAAAAACUAUGCUGAGGCUUUACGUCUCUAUGAACAUGGCGUAGAGUAUUUUCUACAUGCAAUUAAAUAUGAGGCACAAGGUGAGAAAGCCAAGGACUCGAUUCGUGCCAAGUGCCUGCAGUAUUUGGAUCGAGCUGAAAAGCUUAAAGAAUACCUCAAAAAAGGCAAGAAAAAACCAGUAAAGGAAGGUGAAUCAAGCUCGAAAGAUGAUAAAGAUAAAAAAGAUGAUAGUGAUUCAGAUGGCGAAGAUCCUGAAAAAAAGAAACUUCAAAGUAAACUGGAAGGCGCAAUAGUAAUUGAGAAGCCACACGUGAAGUGGUCCGAUGUGGCUGGUUUAGAUGCUGCCAAAGAGGCUCUUAAAGAGGCAGUUAUCCUGCCAAUCAAAUUCCCUCAUCUAUUUACGGGCAAACGUAUUCCUUGGAAAGGUAUUCUGCUUUUUGGCCCUCCCGGUACCGGCAAAUCCUAUCUGGCCAAAGCUGUUGCCACAGAGGCAAACAAUUCAACUUUCUUCUCAGUUUCCAGUUCGGAUUUGAUGUCAAAAUGGUUAGGUGAAUCCGAAAAGUUGGUAAAAAAUCUCUUCGAAUUAGCACGUCAACAUAAACCAUCAAUUAUUUUUAUCGAUGAAAUUGAUUCCAUGUGUUCGGCACGUUCGGAUAAUGAAAACGACAGUGUGCGACGCAUCAAAACCGAGUUCUUGGUGCAAAUGCAGGGGGUUGGCAAUGACACAGAUGGUAUUCUGGUACUUGGUGCCACGAAUAUACCAUGGGUAUUGGAUUCUGCUAUACGUCGACGUUUCGAAAAGCGUAUCUACAUUCCAUUACCGGAGGCUCAUGCUCGUCUGGUGAUGUUUAAGAUACAUUUGGGUAAUACCGCACAUGUUUUAACCGAGGUUGAUCUCAAAGAGCUGGCAUCAAAAACAGAUGGUUACUCAGGCGCUGAUAUUUCCAUUGUUGUGCGUGACGCUCUUAUGGAACCAGUGCGUAAAGUGCAAACCGCCACACACUUCAAGAGGGUAACUGGUCCGUCACCAACAAAUAAAGAAAUUAUAGUUGAUGACUUGUUGGUGGCCUGUUCGCCUGGCGAUGACGGGGCAACUGAAAUGUCCUGGAUGGAUGUGCCUAGUGAUAAGUUAUUUGAGCCACCAGUUACUAUGCGCGACAUGUUGAAAUCUUUGUCUCGUACAAAACCCACUGUCAAUGACGAUGAUCUAGUUAAGCUGCGUAAGUUCACCGAAGACUUUGGACAAGAAGGAUAAACUACAAACAAAUUUCUAAAACAAAUUGAUUUUGUUAUAAAUAUAAGUGAAUACUGUACGCAAAUUGAUUAAUUGUUGCCUAUUUGAUAAAAAGGGAGUAAAACCAUUCUAAGCCCAAAAUAACUAAGUGGCAAAACUUAAUUUAAAAACCUUAGAUCAACUCGAUAUGUUUAACCAUGAAAAACAAAUAACACAAAUUUUCAUGGCAAACAUUAAUUUUCAUUUGUUUUUUAUGUACACAUUGCAUUUUAUAUAUAUUUUGGCAUUACAUUUUAUAUAUAUUUUGACAUACUCAAAUGCAGAAAAGAUCCGUUGCGAUACGAGCCUAGCAAAAUGCUGAUUUUAUUUUAUAAGAAAGGAUAGCGCCAAUAAACAGUAAGCAAGUCAGGUAUUUUUUUAGGAAGCAAGUGGGUUUGCCUAUUGGCUGAUGAAAAUUAUAUUUUAUAUUAAAUUGAAGCAGAAAUAUGUUUGUAAAAAUGUUAAAUUCUCUCGAUUUAUUUAAAAAAAUAUUACAUAAAAAGAUAUUCUUACUCAAAACAAAUAAUAAAUAAUUAUUAAUUGUACUUCUUAUUGUACAUGGGUGGUGUCGUUUGGAAAGACGAAAAGUGUGCGCCUUAAAAAUUGAAUCAAUCGUCCCCAUUACUUUCAAUUCUAAGCAUUGGAUUUUUUAUGUCAUAGAAAAGUAUCAUUUCCUAAUUAAAAAUCACAUGAAAUAAUAAAAAA